GAAAGGAAGGAGCAUCUAUAGUAGUGUUUCAUAAAUGUGUCUGUGUCUCUCUGCAGAAAUUGAUAGACUGUGCGUUACAACACGCAAAGUGGUGCCAGUUAAGGUUUCCUUGUGGGGAAACCAACUGCCAUUUAUUUAUCACUUCUUCUCUCAUUCUCUGCUCUGCUCUGCUCUGCCUUGCCUUAAAAAAUAAAUUAAAAGAAAUGGGUGAAGGAGAUUCCUUCGCAUCACUACUUCCUUUUGACAGACACGUUGAACAGGCAGUUUUGUCUACGAAGAAAGGCGCACAUCUUUUGAAGUGUGGAAGAAGAGGGAAGCCUAAAUUCUGUCCUUUCAGGCUUUCUACGGAUGAGAAAUAUCUCAUAUGGUAUUCAGGACAAGAGGAAAGGCAAUUGAGAUUGAGCUCUGUUAUGAAGAUUGUCACUGGACAGAGGACCGUAAAUUUUCAAAGGCAACUCCAACCAGACAGGGAGCAGCAGUCAAUUUCACUUAUUUAUGCUAAUGGUGAACGCUCCCUGGAUUUGAUAUGCAAGGACAAAGCACAGGCUGAUUCGUGGUUUGUAGGCUUGAGAGCUGUGAUAUCCAGAUGUCACAAUUGCAGAUCAACCACCACUUUGAGGAGCCGUAGAGGGGCACAAAGUUGUAUCAGCAGUCCAGCUGGUUUUAUUCGAAGAAAACAUAAUCUAGGACUUGCAGAGGAUACGAAUCAGUUUUCUCAGGUACGAAGCUUAUGUGGAAGUCCUUCUCAGUCACUUUCUGAGAGGUGUUUUUCUGAUGGCUUAUCAUAUUCUUCUGAUAGCUUUUAUUCAUCAGAAUCAAAUUUGUCACAGAUGCAAAAUGUAAUGGAUACCUUAAUGCCAACUUCUCCAUAUAUUGAACCAGAUAAUCUCAAGCAGUGGGGAACCCAUUAUGCAGCUGUGGAGUUUCAAAAGAAUAUAUCUCACAGGUUUAAUGCACCUACUCAUUGCUCUAUACAGAUAAAGAAGAAUGAAAUUCUAAAGGAUGUCAUGAUCUGGGGUGAAGGGGUAGUGGGAGGAAAUAUUUGCGGUGCCAGCGAUAGCUCUGGUAUUCAGAAUGGGUUAAAAACUGACACUUUGUUGCCUAAAUUGCUAGAGUCUGCAACAAUGUUGGAUGUGCAGCGUAUAUCUCUAGGAGCAAGACAUGCUGCUUUAGUUACAAAACAGGGUGAGGUCUUUUGCUGGGGUGAUGGAAAUGGUGGAAGGCUUGGGCACAAGAUUAACAUGGAUACCAGCCAUCCGAAGCUUGUUGAAUCCCUCACUGGUGUUGCUGUAAAAGCUGUUGCUUGUGGUGAGUACCAAACAUGUGUGUUGACACAAUCUGGUGAAGUAUAUACUUGGGGUGGUGACUUUCAUGGCACUAAUUUAGUGGGUGAGGUGAGAAAUACAAGCCAGUGGUUGCCACAUAAGAUUUCUGGCCCAUUGGAUGGUGUAAAUGUGCUUAGUGUUUCUUGUGGUGAGUGGCAUACAGCAAUUGUUUCCAGCGCUGGGAAAUUAUUUACAUAUGGUGAUGGAACUUUUGGGGUUCUCGGCCAUGGCAAUACACAAAGUUUGUUACAACCAAAAGAAGUUGAGUUUUUUAAGGAUUUGUGGGUAAAAUCUGUUUCGUGUGGACCAUGGCACAUGGCUGCUAUUGCAGAAAUCAUGACUGAUCGUAACAAGCUCAAUGCCACUUGUGGAAAAUUAUACACAUGGGGAGAUGGUGAUAAAGGAAGGUUAGGUCAUGCGGACGGAGAGAGAAAGCUUUUACCAACAUGUGUUGUGCAGCUUGUGGAUUUUGAUUUUGUGCAAGUUUCUUGUGGAAGAAUGCUGACGGCUGCAGUCACUAGUUUAGGUACAGUUUAUACAAUGGGAAGUGCAAUACAUGGACAGCUAGGGAACCCACAAGCAAAGGAUAAAUCCAUCACUGUUGUAGAAGGGAAGCUAAAACAAGAAUUUGUCAGGGAGAUUUCUUCAGGUUCCUAUCAUGUUGCUGUCUUGACAUCAGGGGGAAGUGUUUAUACUUGGGGGAGUGGUUCCAGGGGACAGUUAGGCUUAGGUGACAUCGAAGAUAGAAACACGCCAACUUUAGUUGAGUUGUUGAGGGACCAACAGGUUGAAAGCAUAGCUUGUGGAUCAAGCUUAACAGCAGCAAUCUGUUUACACAAAUCUAUCACUAUUAACGAUCAGUCAGCUUGUACAGGAUGCAAAAUGCCUUUUGGGUUUACCAGGAAGAAGCAUAAUUGUUACAAUUGUGGUCUUCUGUUCUGUCAUGCAUGUAGUAGCAAGAAGAUUGCAAAUGCAUCAUUAGCACCUAAUAAAAGCAAGCCUUCUCGUGUUUGUAAUCCGUGCUUUAAUCAUCUACAAAAGAUCACAAAUUCAAGCAAGCUUUUAAAUUUUGAAAAGCAAACGACAAGGCAACCAUUGACUCCUCAAAGAACUUUCCUUGAUGAGAAAGAUGCUAAGGAAGUGAUCCCUACAAAGAGUCCAUUACUGUCAGUAAAACAUUCAACUUAUGAAGAAAAUCAAGAUACUGAAAGGAAGACCUCAAAGACCCAAAGUGAAAAGGAACGAUAUCUUGAACCUGCCUCUUAUUUUUCUGUGGCAACACCACGAUGGGGGCAAGUAUCUUGCCCUGUUCUAUUUGAAGCACCUCAUAGUAAAAACUCUUCAGCAAGUUCUCCACUUUCCAGAAAUAUGUUACCUUUAGUUGAUCCAGGUUCCUUGCAGAGAGCAUCUCUGCAAUCAAAAUCUACUGUAUGCAAUUCCACAAUUUUGGAGAUAGAUUUAGCCAAAUCAAAUAAGAUGCUUAAUGAAGAAGUUCAAAGGCUGAAAGCUGAGGCAAGAACCCUUGAAAUGCAAUGUCAAAUUGGAAGCCAAAAGAUUGAAGAAUGUCAGCGAAAAAUUGAGCAUGCUUGGUCUCUGGCAAAGGAAGAAGCUGAAAAAUGUAAAGCAGCAAAGGAAUUUAUAAAAGCUUUGGCAUUAAGGCUUCAUUCAAUGUCAGAGAAAUUUCCUGCUGGAAGAGAACAAAAAACUAAAUCUGGCGUUCAUUUGUCUAGAAUGAUGCCUCUAAACACAGAUAGCUCUAAUCUUGAGGGUGUGCAUCCUUUGUCGAUUGCAGCGAAGUUACCCCCUGAGGUUAACUUUUCAACAGAGAGACAAGUGGACAGUCUUUGUGGAACACCUAUUGUGUUCUCAAAUAAAUUGAAGUCCAUGCAGGCAAGAGAUGGAGUUCAUGAAAAGGAUAGACCAUUGCAGGAUUCACAUGUCACACAAAUGGAAGCAGAGCAAAAUGGAAUUAAAGAUUCGAAACUUGAAUGGGUUGAACAAUAUGAACCUGGGGUGUAUGUUACCUUUACAAUUUUGGCAAGUGGGCAGAAGGGGCUAAAGCGUGUAAGGUUUAGUCGGAAGCGAUUCACAGAGAAGAAAGCAGAGCAAUGGUGGGAGGACAAUCAGCUUGCAGUUUAUCGAAAAUACGGAAUCGAAGGAUACCUUAACUCAAACCAAAAUCAGUCAAACAGUUAACUUCUACCUAGCAUGUACAGAUAUGAGAGUGGUCGCUUGUGAGUUUUCAUUAAAGAUCUUUUGCUUGAACUUGGGUCAUUCCAUGCGCUAGAAGUGCAUGUUCAAUAUUAUACCAUGUAUAGCUAUCAUGAUUUUGUUUCUUUCUCCUUUGAUAAAUUAGUUUCAUGUGGCUACAUGCAUUUCUAUUGUAUUGGCAAUGGACGAUGGGGAAACAUAUUUAUCAUCUUCUUACCGC